GCCUCUCUCAACUAACCGUAUAAAUCCAACAUAACUGUUCUCUCUCAUUCGUGUGACCGGACUGCAGAAAUAGGGACUAAGGAGUAGCCUAACCAAUAAAAUGGCUUCCAGCUGCUCAGGAUGUGGACCUGGCUACAAGAGCCCACUCGAUGCCAUGAUGGGACCACGGGAAAAAAUUGUUUAUCUGCCAUGUAUAUACCGCAAUACGGACAUACUGAAGCCUGACUACCUUGCAACUGUAGAUGUGGACCCAAAAUCACCAAAUUAUUGUAAGGUGAUUCACAGGUUACCCAUGCCUAACCUGAGGGAUGAGCUUCACCAUUCGGGCUGGAACGCCUGCAGUAGCUGUUUCGGUGAUGCAAGCAAGAAACGCAACCGCCUCAUAUUGCCCUCCCUCAUCUCCUCCCGUGUCUACGUGGUGGAUGUAGGGACGGACCCUCUUGCUCCACGCCUUCACAAGAUAGUGGAGCCAACAGAGCUCUUCUGGAAGUGUGGGUUGGCUAAUCCACACACUACACACUGUCUGGGCAGUGGGCAAAUUAUGAUCAGUUCCAUGGGAGAUCCUGCAGGGAAUGGCAAAGGUGGUUUUGUUCUGCUUGACGGAGAAACCUUUGAAGUGAUUGGCAACUGGGAAUUGCCUGGCGACGCAGCGCCCAUGGGCUACGACUUCUGGUAUCAACCACGACAUAACGUUAUGAUGAGCACAGAAUGGGGGGCACCCAAAGCCCUGGGCAAUGGUUUCAACCCUGAAGAUGUUAAAGCUGGUCUCUAUGGACGUCGCGUCCAUGUGUGGGAUUGGACCACGCACAAGCGUGUGCAGACGCUCGACCUGGGAGAAGAGGGGGCCAUCCCCCUAGAGAUCCGUUUCCUGCAUGAUCCAGCUGCGACCGAGGGCUACGUGGGCUGCGCCCUCUACGGCACCGUGUUCCGCUUUUACAAGACCCCGAAAGGGGACUGGGCAACAGAAAGGGUCAUCAAGAUCCCAAGCAAAAAAGUGCAGGGUUGGGUUCUGCCAGAAAUGCCAAGUCUCAUCACAGACAUCCUGAUCUCCUUGGAUGACCGCUAUCUCUACUUCAGUAACUGGUUGCAUGGUGACAUUCGGCAAUAUGACAUUACUGACCGGAGAAAUCCACGACUCACUGGCCAGCUCUUUCUAGGUGGCAGUAUUAUAAAUGGUGGCACUGUUAAAGUCCUGGAAGACAAAGAGCUUGAUUCCCAGCCUCCCCCACGCAUUAUCAAGGGGAAGAAGAUUCCAGGAAGUCCACAGAUGCUUCAGUUGAGUCUGGACGGGAGAAGGCUGUAUGUCACAACUUCUCUAUAUAGUGCCUGGGACAAGCAGUUCUACCCUGAUAUGAUCAAGGAAGGUUCAGUUAUGAUGCAGAUUGAUGUGGACACGGUGAACGGCGGCCUUCAGCUGAACGAGGACUUCCUGGUGGACUUUGGAGCGGAGCCCGAGGGCCCAGCCUUGGCCCACGAGCUCCGGUACCCCGGCGGAGACUGCACCUCAGACAUCUGGCUGUAGAGGGAGUAAUCCCAGCAGACAGUGGUGCCUUUUAAAGGGGCUAUGUGGAGAUCUAAACGUUUAAAAGCAUAAAAAUGGCCUAGACAUAUCAAUGGAAUGUGAAGAAACAACUGUUUUGAAGUAAUGUUGAAAAACACCUAUGGUCUGUGUUGCCCAGCUAUCCAUUGAAGUUAACACGCAAACCAACUAGUGUCAGCCCGGCUCUCGAAAUAUCACUUUGUACCAAGUGACACUGUAUUACAUGCAAGCCAAUGGAAGAGUGUCAUGAGUGGCUGCGUUCAAGACAACGCCAAACCUACAGAACUCUACAUAGCUAAUAACAAAUGGAAGUAUUAGGGAGAGAAACAUACAAAGGUGGACAGAAUUCUAAGGACCAAAUCUAAAUGUGAGCAUAUUUGUGCUACUUAUAUUUUAUAAAUUGUUAAGCUUUUUGCAUAUAGAGAAACUGCUUGCAUAGAAGUGAAGCUCCUCCUGUCCUUUUUUCUUUGGGAUUUUUUCAUUGCUGUCAGUAGGUCAGUCAUUCCUUUAUACGUAUAUCAGAGUAAUCAGCAUUAAGUAAUGUGCUUUUUCUCUUAUCAUGAUUAUCCCAUAUUAAUGAAAUAAAAGUAUUUAGGUUACAUGUACUGAUGAGCAUAAUUAACUGUAUACAGACACUUACAAAUGUAAUGAUUCUUCAAGCAAACUACAGUGGUUAAACAUUUUUCUGUAUUAGUAUCUCUGUAACUGCCACUACAUGUCUUGUCGAUUGUACCAUUUCUAACAAUUAACUGGCAAUAUAUUGUGUAUACUGCUAACAAUAUUUUAAUACAGUUAUGUUUUUCAGUG